UAGUUUCAAUAACUUUUUCUCGAGAUACAUAAUAGGUACAUGUCCUAAAUGUUAACAUUGACUUCAAAAAAAAACUUAGGCAAUGGUGAUGAUGAAGCUGAAGAACUACUUGAGAUCAGAUACAUUGACACUUGUAUUGAUAAAUGUUGCUGCUAUAAUGGAAAUGGCUGAUGAAACUCUGUUACCUGGAGUUUAUAAAGAAGUUGGCAAGGAUUUGAACAUUGAUCCUGCUGGUCUUGGUUCACUUAGUCUUUACAGAUCAUUAGUUCAAUGUCUUUGUUACCCCAUUGCUGCAUUCCUUGCUGCUCGUCAUAAUCGUGCCAAUGUCAUUGCUCUCGGGGCUUUUCUUUGGUCCGGUGCUACGUUCCUUGUUGCCAUAUCCUCUACCUUUGCUGAGGUAGCGAUUUCGAGAGGAUUGAAUGGAAUAGGACUUGCAAUUGUCACACCGGCAAUCCUAUCUCUAGUUGCUGAUUCAACUCAUGAGAGUAAUCGAGGUACAGCUUUUGGAUGGUUAGCAUUAACAGGAAGUUUGGGUGCAAUUAUUGGCGGGACUAUGUCUGUGCUGAUUGCUGAAACAUCAUUUAUGGGAAUUACUGGCUGGAGAAUCUCCUUUCAUUUGGUUGGUAUUAUAAGUGUUCUUGUUGGUCUUUUAGUCUAUUUCUUCGCGGAAGAUCCCCGUUUUCUUGACAGAGAUGUCAAUGCAAAAGAUCAGCCUCCCCCGAAACCAUUUCAAGAACAACUGAGAGAACUGGUAAAAGAAGCAAAAUCGGUUAUCAAAGUACCUUCCUUCAAGAUAAUUGUUGCACAAGGGGUUUUCGGAUCAUUCCUUGGGACAUCAAUGUCAUUUUCCACUAUGUGGUUGGAGCUUGUUGGAUUCUCCCACAAGACAACAGCACUCAUCACUAGUUCGUUUGUAGUUUCUCUGUCAUUUGGCGCGGUUUUUGGAGGAUUCAUGGGGGAUGUCUGGGCCAAGCGCUUGCCUAAUUCUGGUAGGAUCAUCGUCUCUCAGAUAAGCACUGGUUCAGCUAUUCCCUUAGCUGCAAUUCUGCUGCUGCUAUUGCCUAAUGAUCCUAAAACAGCUUUGCUGCAUGGUUUAGUCCUGUUUAUAUUGGGAUUUUGCGCAUCAUGGACCGGUCCAGCAGCAAACAGUCCAAUAUUUGCUGAGAUAGUUCCUGAGAGAGCUCGAACGAGCAUUUAUGCUCUGGAUCGAUGUUUCGAGACCUUGUUAGCAUCAUUUUCUCCUCUUCUAGUUGGUACUUUAGCUCAACAAGUUUUCGACUAUAAGCCAAUUCCAGAGGGAUCUUCAACCUCAGGGGAAAUCGAAACAGAUAGAAAAAAUGCUGCAUCACUUGCCAAAGCAAUGUACACUGCAAUAGGCAUUCCAAUGGUCAUUUGUUGCUCCAUCUACUCCUUCCUGUAUUUCACAUAUCCACGAGACAGGGAUCGUGUCCGGUUGCAACAGAUUGAUGAAACGGGGAAUUUUCCAUCCGAAGAACAACAGCUCUUACUCGAGCACAAUGAGCACAGACUUCUUUCAGCAAAUUAGUUGAAAUCCAUAGAAUCUAACAAGGACAAACUCACUUCCUUGUUCUGUUGUUUGUAAUUACUUUACUCUAUGCAGACAUGUGACCCUUCUAUAUACAUUUAUUUAGGGGUGUGUUUGAAUUUACACAACAUUAACAACAUCAUAUUCAGUGUAAUUCUACUGUUCGGUCUAGAAAUGGUGGAAUGUAUGUAGUUUUAUUCCUGUCUCGUAACGGUAGAGAGAGUAUUUUUAAUAGACUUUCGGCUCAAGUAAAGCAUACAAAAUGACCAAGUAUGUAAAGCAUAGACUUAAUUUGAAUUAGUAAAACUAUCCUUGUUAAUGAUGAUUUCUUAAGGAACGUAUAAACAAGAAAGUAGACAACUGAUAUAGAACGGAGCAAGUAUGCAUUUGACUCAGUUGAAAUAUCCAAAAUAAGAAAACGUGAUACUUCAGUAGUUGUCUAAUGUCUAUAUUUUGCCUUUACGUAAAUCCUACUACAACACUUACAUUUAUAUUAUUCUUUUAUAGUUCCAACAACUUAUUCUUGAGUUCAUAUAUAAUAUAUAUGCAUGUCCUAAAUGUUAAUAUAGACUUCUGAAGAA